AUGGCCCAAACAAAACCACCCAAACUGACUGACCUACCGCGGCCUCCCUCACCCUUUGCUCCCCCUUCCUCCUCGCGCCGCCGCCCCAAACCCCCUCUAAAACCCUCGCCGCCGGCGCAUCCUCCCGCCCCGCUCCAGACCAGAGAAGCCCUAGACGUCGGCGGCGUGCCCUUCUCCCUGCAGCGCCUCGGCACCGAGACCUUCGUCACCGUCAGCGUCGGCAAGGCCUUCCACGUCUACAACUGUGCCAAGCUCACUUUGGUCCUUGCCGGACCUCAACUGCCCAAGAAGAUCCGCGCUCUGGCAUCCUUCAAGGAAUACACAUUUGCUGCAUACGGAAGCGACAUCGCGGUUUUCAAACGGACCGAUCUGGUGGUUACCUUUACUAAACAUGAAGAAAAGGUCAACAUGCUGUACCUGUUUGGAGAAUACAUUCUCAGUGCAGAUAUUAAAGGUGAUUUAUUUAUCUGGGCCUUCAGAGGAGCUAAACCAAGCAUCGGUUGCGCCGAUGGAUCUAUUCAUGUUCACAAUAUACGAUAUGAUGAAGAGUUGAUGUCUUUCAACCAUGAAAUUCGGGGUGAUGUAACUGCCCUGUCAUUUCGAACAGAUGGGCAACCCCUUCUAGCAUCUGGAGGUUCCUCGGGUGUUAUUAGCAUUUGGAAUCUUGAGAAGAGAAGGCUGCACUCUGUGAUUAGGGAGGCCCAUGAUGGUUCUAUUGUAUCACUUCAUUUCUUUGCCAAUGAACCUAUUUUGAUGAGCUCAGCAGCUGAUAAUUCAAUAAAAAUGUGGAUAUUUGAUAAUAAUGAAGGAGAUGCUCGUCUGUUACGAUUUCGAAGUGGACAUAGCGCUCCACCUCGGUGCAUAAGAUUCUAUGGCAAUGGAAAAUUCAUCUUAUCCGCUGGUCAAGACCGUGCCUUCCGUCUUCUGCACACUGGCACACCUGUUAUCAUUUCCUGCACUUUUUUGUCAUCUCAAAGUGCUAUUGAAGAUCAACAAAGCAGAGAGCUUUCUCAGCGGCAUGUGGCAAAAAGAGCGAAAAAGCUUAGAGUAAAGGAGGAAGAGAUAAAGCUAAAACCAGUUAUUGCAUUUGAUUGUGCUGAGAUACGUGCACGUGAUUGGUGUAAUGUUGUUACAUGCCACACGGAUACUUCAAAGGCAUAUGUAUGGCGUCUUCAGAACUUUGUUAUAGGCGAACAUAUUCUUACACCAUCGUCAGAGACUGAGUCACUGAUUAAGGCUUGUACUAUAAGUGCAUGUGGUAAUUUUACUAUCUUGGGCACUGAAGGUGGUUGGAUCGAAAAAUUUAACCUUCAAUCUGGGAUUAGUCGUGGUAGUUACAUUGAUGGCUCUCUGUCAUUGCAAUGUGCACAUGAAGGUGAAGUUGUUGGAUUAGCCUGUGAUGCAACAAAUGGAUCUCUGAUUAGUGCUGGAUACCGUGGGGAUAUUAAGGUCUGGGAUUUUAAGAGUUGCAAGCUAAAAUCCAAAUUCAAUGUUGGUAAAUCUGUAACUAAGAUUGCAUAUCACCGGGCAAAUGGUCUUCUUGCUACUGUAGCAGAUGAUAUGGUGCUUGUAUUGUUUGAUACAGUAUCAAUGAAAAUGGUCCGUAGAUUUGAAGGACAUACAGAUCGUAUCACUGAUCUGUGUUUCAGUGAGGAUGGGAAAUGGCUCAUUUCGUCUAGUAUGGAUGGGACGCUCAGAAUAUGGGAUAUCAGUUUAGCAAGACAGAUAGAUGCGAUGCGCGUUGAUGUAUCUAUAACAUCCGUCUCUAUGUCUCCUAAUAUGGAUGUGCUGGCAACCACCCAUGUUGAUCAAAAUGGCGUGUAUCUUUGGGUUAAUCAAGCUUUGUUCUCACCUUCGACAAAUGUUGAUAGCUAUGCAAGUGGUAAACAUGUCCGGAACGUGCUUUUGCCAACUGUUUCGUCAGCCGAAAGAUCUGAGGAGGAAGAACCCAUUAAAAAAUCACAAGAUUCAAAUCAAUCUAAUAUUAAACCUUUUGUCAUAAUGGAUCAUCAAAUACCAGAUAUGAUCACACUCUCAUUACUCCCAAGGAGUCAAUGGCAAAGCUUGACAAAUCUUGACAUUAUAAAGGUUCGAAACAAACCGAUCGAGCCACCUAAGAAACCUGAGCAGGCGCCAUUUUUCUUGCCCUCAGUUCCAUCCCUUUCAGGGGAGAUAUUGUUUGAGCCUCCUUCCAGUAAAGAAACAGACGGCAGCACUACUGAGGACAUAGGUCAUAAAAAGAUGGCCGAUCUCUCCUCCCACUUCAGUCGGUUGUUACAAUCCUGUGGAGAACUUGAGAGCUAUUCAGCGUUCACCGACUACCUAAAAGGCCUAUCUCCGUCAUCCUUAGAUAUGGAACUACGGAUGCUACAGAUAAUAGAUGACGACGAGGUGGAAGAGUCUGAGGAACCAAGACCCGAGCUCCAUUCCAUUUCAUUGCUGCUGGACUACUUCAUUCAUGAGCUUUCCUGCAGGAACAACUUCGAGUUUGUUCAAGCUGUUCUGAAAUUGUUUCUGAAGGUAUGUGAUAGUAUUUUCCAUCUUAAACCCAUUGAGUUGGUGCUUAAAGUAUAUUUCAUCUUCCUUGGAACCAGAUACAUGGUGAAACAAUACGGCGCCACUCGACGCUACAGGAGAAAGUCCCGAUUUCUGAAAUCAAUGCAUACUUGGGAGUCCAUGUGGCUGUUGUACCAUUCUGCUGUACCUCACCGUCUUGUCGUCGUGAUGUAUCAGCACUGUUCAGCGAGAAAUAUUUGGGAAUGUCGCAAGUGCCAGUUAGGCGAAACAUCCCCAAGUGUUUAUCCAGCAUUUUACUUUAGUGAUAGCCCUCCGUGUUCAUCUUCGGUGUUUUGA